CCAGUCUUGCCGUGCUUGACAUUUGUUUUGGAUGCCUUUUUGCGUGCAGUCCAUUCGUGACGAUGAAGACAUCCCGAGGUGUGAGGGGUGGGAGCAAGGGGAGGAGUGCAAUAACAACUGGCACAGUGUCUUCUUGGGGGCAGCCGACGUGCUCCGGAGGGGUUGUGCAGCAAAGGAGACCACCAGAGCAGAACGUCGUUCAAGACGCAAGGGGAGAGGAUGAUUUUUCCCAAAUGGGAGAAGGAGAUGAGGAAGAAUAUGUUCUAGAAGAAGGAGAGUUCGAGGAAGGAGGAGGCGUAGGAGAGUUCAAGGAAGGAGAGGGAAAGGAAGGAGAGGGAGAGGAAGAGGAAGAGGAAGGAGGAGGCGAGGAAGAAGAAGAAGAUGAAGAAGAAGAAGAAGAAGAAGAAGAAGAGGACAAGGAUGGAGGAGAAGAAGAUUGAAUGGAGGAGGACGACAGUUGGCAGAGAGAGUUCCUUGAGUCGAGGCCUGUUCACAGCGACUUCAAGUACUUCUUUUGGGCCGUGUAUGUCGCAGCUGGAAUAUCUUUUCUUCACGUCAAGACCACCGGUAACGGUGUCUAUCUAGAAAUCGACAAAAUUUUAUUUGCAGCGCACGUGACGGAGAAAUAUCUCAUCGCGGAGUUGUGGGUUGUUAUCAAGGGCAAGCUCACGAAAUGUCUGUUGAAGGGGGAUAAAUUAAUGCCCAUGAA